UUUCUCAGCGCGACCACCCCGGACAAGGAGGAGGCGGCGGCUGGGCGGCGGGCCAAGCUAGCGGCUUGGCUGUCCCGGGGGGGCGCCUGUCCCCAAGAAGGCACCGGGCUUGGACAGCGCGGGGGACGGGCCGCCGCCCGCCCCCUGCUGCCCGUUAGCGCCGCUUCCCGAGCCAGAACGCCCGAGGGUAGCCCUGGGUCGGCCGGGAGCGUGUCCGGUGGGGUCUCCAUGGCGAUGCUCCUCUGGCUCCCAGCACGCCCGCUUCGGUUGGCAUGGAAGCCGCUACCUCGAGGGCCGGUCGCGCCCUCGAUUGGCCCGAUUCAACAGACGCGGGUGGAUUGAAAGCGGGACCAGCGAGCGCGGCGGGUUCCAAGCUGGUUUGGGCAUCACCUGUCUGGUCGGUGGGAGGAGGGCCGCAGAGCAGUGCCAAUCCGGUGUCCAAGGAAGGGACGUGACCUUCACGUUGUAAUCCCUCACUGAAGACUGCAAGAGACAUUCUGGUCCGCCUAAUUAAAAAACAAAACAAAACAAAACAAACAAAAACAAAACAUUUUGCUGAUCCUUAACAGUUCCCUCUCCCUACUUCAGUAUUUGCUUUACUGGAGGUAGGAAAGUCUCUUCGUUUUUCUCUGAGGUCACCUAUGCCUUUGUAUUUGGGAGGCAAGGGGGAAGGGAAUAGAGAGUGUGGAUAUCUGGCUUAACUAUCUUUCCCUGCUCACAGUGGCCUGGGGAGACUGAGGCAAUGCGUCGCAGCAUCUCCAAGGGAAGGAUUCCCCUGGCCCCCGCAGCCCGAAGCCAGGAGAUCUGUCAGGUGGUUGCCAGAGCCCAGCCCAUCCCGGACCCCCCACAAAGAACUGUGCUAGGGCUGCUAACUGAAAAUGGGCAAUACAGGAGGACUUGUGGCCAGGGAAUCACAACCAUCAGGUGCUUCUCUGGAUCAGAAAAUGUCUUCCCUCCUGCUGGAAAGAAACUAAUUUCUAACUGUAUGGUCCAUGUGCCAGCCAAACAAGGCUUUGAUAUUUAUGUAGAUGAACCAGAGCAUGGGGAGAGAUGUAGUUGUAGCUGCACUGUUAGAGAAGAGAUUGCAUAUGAAGAUGUAUAUGAAGUGGACACCAGCACCCUGAAAUCGGACCUUCACUUCCUGUUGGAUUUUAGCACAGUUUCUCCUAUGUUGGUGGAUACAUCUCUGCAAUCACAGUUUGAGGAUCAUUUAGAUAUUGGUACAGAUGUAAUAAAUGUGACUGAAUAUGCUGAAGAAAUUCAUCAAUACCUUAGAGAAGCUGAAAUGAAAUACAGACCAAAGGCCCACUACAUGCGGAAGCAGCCCGAUAUCACAGAAGGAAUGCGUACCAUUUUAGUGGAUUGGCUGGUAGAGGUUGGGGAAGAAUACAAACUUCGAGCUGAAACUCUGUACCUGGCUGUCAAUUUCUUGGACAGGUUUCUUUCGUGCAUGUCUGUUCUCAGAGGGAAAUUGCAGCUUGUAGGAACAGCAGCCAUUCUGUUGGCUUCGAAAUAUGAGGAGAUUUAUCCACCAGAGGUUGAUGAAUUUGUCUACAUAACUGAUGACACUUACACAAAACGACAGCUAUUAAGAAUGGAACACCUGCUCCUGAAAGUACUAGCUUUUGACCUGACAGUGCCAACUACCAACCAGUUUCUUCUUCAGUACUUACAGAAACAAGGAGUCUGCCUUAGAACUGAGAACCUGGCCAAGUAUGUUGCAGAACUGAGCCUUCUUGAAGCUGACCCAUUUUUGAAAUAUGUUCCUUCACUGAUUGCAGCAGCUGCUUAUUGUCUGGCAAACUACACUGUGAACCGACACUUCUGGGUGUGUGAACACAUCUGUGAAGUGUGCCACUUCAGUUGGAGGCCCCAGCGAGAUCUAGAGCCCCAGGACCAGGAGGUAAGGACUUUGGAGAGUGCUGCUGUAAGAGUGUGUGUGUGUGUGUGUGUGUGUGUGUGUGUGUGUGUGUGCUUGCAUGGGGGAGAGUUCUCUAGUGUGAAUCUUAAAAUUGCUCAGACUAUACCUUAGAAGAUUUGGUUAAGC